GCGCGGGCGCUGCCUCCCCCGCUCACCGCGCUCUCGCUCCCGGCGCCGCCGCGGGACCCGGAUGCCGGGCGUCUCCGCCCGCGGCCUCUCUCACGCCGAGAGGAGGCAGCUGGCCGCGAACCUCACGCGUGUCCUGUCGCUCUACCGGUCCCUCCUGGACGCCUACAUCUUCGAGUUUUUCACAGACCAGCUGUGGAGCACGUUGCCUCGCUCGUGGCAGGAAGCGUUGGAUGGCCUGAACCCGCCACAGCUGGCCGCCCUGCUGCUGGGGAUGCCCGCGGAAGGGGACGUGGUCAGGUACAGGUCGGUGUGGCCACUCACCCUGCUGGCCCUGAAGUCCACAGCCUCGGCCCUGGCCUUUACGCGGACACCUGGCUUUCAGACCCCCUCAGAGUUCCUGGAGAACCCCAGCCAGAGCUCCCGACUGACGGCUCCAUUCCGAAAACACGUCAGGCCCAAGAAGCAGCACGAGAUCCGGAGGCUGGGGGAGUUGGUGAAGAAGCUGAGUGAUCUGACGGGCUGCACCCAGGUUGUGGAUGUAGGCUCAGGCCAGGGCCAUCUCUCCCGCUUCAUGUCCCUGGGGCUGGGGCUGAAGGUGAAGAGCAUCGAAGGGGAUCGGAGACUGGUGGAGAGAGCCCGGCGCCUGGACCGGGAGCUGCUGCACGCUCUGGAGAAGGAGCAGAGGAGGAAGCCACAGGUGGCGCCCACUGGGCCUCGCCGCUCCCCACAGCACGUGGUUCGGUGGGUGGAGCCCGCGGCCCUGUGCGACGAGCUUUUGCUUCCGCUGGAGCACUCGCCUCGGGGUGGCGCCCGCUUGCUGCUGACAGGCCUCCAUGCCUGCGGGGACCUGAGCGUCACCUUGCUGAGGCACUUCUGCUGCUGCCCCGAGGUGGUGGCCCUGGCCUCGGUGGGCUGCUGCUACAUGAAGUUGAGUGACCCUGGCGGCUAUCCACUGAGUCAGUGGGUGGCAGCGCUGCCCGGCUGCGAACUGUCCUACAGGCUGCGGGAGGGGGCGUGCCACGCCCUGGAGGAGUACGCCGAGAGGCUGCAGAGAGCCGGCCCGGGCCUCCGAACCCACUGCUACCGGGCAGCCCUGGAGACGGUCAUCCGGCGUGCCCAGCCCACGCUCCGGCGGCCAGGCGUGCAGGGCAUCCCCAGGGUCCACGAGCUCAAGAUCGAAGAGUACGUGCAGCGGGGGCUGCAGCGGGUGGGGCUGGAUCCCCAGCUGCCCCUGAACCUGGCUGCCCUUCGGGCCCAGCAGGCCCAGGAGAACCGUGUGGUGGCCUUCUUCAGCCUGGCCCUGCUGCUGGCCCCGCUGGUGGAGACAUUGAUCCUCCUGGACCGGCUGCUGCACCUCCAGGAGCAGGGCUUCCAUGCUGAGCUCCUGCCCAUCUUCAGCCCUGAGCUCUCUCCCAGAAACCUGGCUCUCGUGGCCACCAAGAGGCCCCUGGGUCAGGCCUUCUCCGUGCUGGAGACUGAAGACGGCUGAUGCACCCCGUCUGGACCCCCAGUGCACCCCUCCCCGAGAACCAGCAUCCUGCACCCUCCCUGGGGCUUCAGUUCCUCACAGACCUCAGCUCUGUACUCUUCUCUACGUGUUAGGUAAUAUGUACACAAUUGUUUUUAAUUUAUUAAAAGAUGAAAUAUU